UAACAGCUGACUAUGAAUACGCACAAUUAUAUGAACAUGUCCACAUAUCAACGGCAACGCCAACGCCAAAGUUAUCGCACGCAAAAAGAUGGGCAUCUUUCAUCUUUUUGCGCGCGUUGUCAAUCAGCUGAUGGAUAUAAAUUUAAUGAAAAUUUGAGAAGGACGCGGCGAACAAAUUAAAUUGACUGAAUUUUCACUUAAAAACGUAAAAUGGAAGAUAAAUUAAUAGAAGCUGUCAGUGCGCACCCCUGCCUCUACGAUAAAAGCUCCAACCUUUUCCGAAACAAAUUUUUAAAGGAAAAGGCUUGGGAGAAGGUGGCACAGCUGGUGGGCGUAUCUGAAAAGCAUUGUCAAACGAGGUGGAAGUCUCUGAGGGACCGCUUCGUCCGGGAGACUGCUGCAUUAAAAGGGCGGUCGGGGGCUGCUGCUGAGGAAAUGCCAACAUGGUCGCACAUGGAGGCAAUGAGUUUUUUAAAAGAUCAUGUUGCUCCUCGAAGAACGUUUUCGAGCCUGGAUUUCUCCCAAACGGAUGGGGAUACAAUUAACAGCAACACACAGGACUCAGAGGUGGAGAAUUGCGAAGAAAUUAGUUCUCCAAGAGCCUCUAUUGACGCUAGCUCCAUAAAAAAAAACGGGCCCGAAUGGAAGACAAGGCAAAUGAGAGAUUUGGGUCACUAUGUGAUGUAGUGAAUAAAUUCGUAGAAAGGCAAUCUGAAUCCGAAAGCUUUGAUAAAAGCCGCAAUUACGAGUUCUAUAAGGUUCUGGAUAGUUACUUAUUAAAGCA